AUGCGUGCAUCGAUAAUCUUCACAAAAUAUUUGAUAUUUUUUUCCGAAUCGGAUGUCGAUUGAGAGCAAACAAGCAAUUUUUCACACAUAUUCCUGACCUUCAACGUUACCGACUCGAAACUCGUGGUUGAGCUUAAAAACGCGUCAUUAACCAAAAAAAAAGAUCAAUAUCACAAUUGUUCAAACAAAAAAAAUAAUGAUAACAGUCGCAGUAGCAGCAGCGCGGAUAUUCAAUUAGCAACCGGUUUUAAGAACGGAUAUCGAAAAUCAUCCUCGCAGUAAAUAUUUAAAGUUCUGUUCUUGCAGAACGUUCUAACGAGAAACACAAACUUUUUUUUUGCUCUCUGUGGAUUAAAUUGAGACUUUGAAUAAAUUUGCAAUUUUUUUUAUAAGAGGAGAAGAAAUAAAAAAAAAGUUAGAAUGAGGUCAGUAGAACAGAUUUUAGCAGUUUUUGUGAUCAUAACUUGCAAAAUGGUUCAACAAACUACAGCAGCUGAAGGAAUGGGAAUCACAUAUCCAGGAACUAAAUGGUGUGGCCCUGGAAGUGCAGCGAAACAUUUCGAUGACCUUGGCAAGAAUAUUGAAGAAGAUAAAUGUUGUCGAGCUCAUGAUCAUUGUGAAGAUCAUUUACUCUCAGGACAGGAAUCAGCAGCAAGGGGCUUGAAAAAUACGAGUCCUUUUACGAGACUUACCUGCAAAUGUGACAAAGAACUGAAGGAUUGCUUGAAAAAAGUGAACACAAAAUUAUCCAACAGCAUCGGAAACAUUUACUUCUCCUUCCAAAAAACCUGCUACAAAUUAGAAUAUCCUGUCGUGUCAUGUACCAAAGAAGAAAACGAUAAUCACCCGAGAGCACGACGACACCUGCACGAAUUUUUCAAUAGUGUUUUUCAAAAACUCACCUAUAAAGUUGAUCUUCUCACGGCACAUUUGAAAUCGAAAUUUAGCUCUAAUUCCAAAUCAAAAUCUAGACCAUGCGUCGAUUACACGGUCGAUAAAACGGCGCCAAAGAAAUGGCAAUUUUUGGAUUUGCCUUUGUACAAUGACGAUGAGCCGCAUCAGGUUUUCCAGUUUGAUGAUGAACCAGUUUCAACGCCAACAGUAUUGAGUAAUAAUAAGAAUUAAAUUUUUAUUUAAAAGGGAAUUUAAAAAAAUAAAAUUUUUUGUGUGAUUUAGAUAAAUAAAUAAAUA